GUAUUGCGCGGUAUGGCGGGGACAGCGCCGUAGACAAGUUGCGAGCCGAGGGAAGCGGCGGGAAGUUCGUACUACGCUGUGGACCGCGGGUUGGCGACUCUGGAGAAAAAUGCCACGUGUAAAAGCAGCUCAGGCUGGAAGACAGGGUCCUGCAAAGAGGCGCCUUGCAGAGCAAUUUGCUGCUGGGGAGGUCAUAACUGACAUGUCUAAAAAGGAAUGGAAAUUAGGAUUGCCUAUUGGCCAAGGUGGCUUUGGCUGCAUAUAUCUUGCGGACACAAAUUCUUCCAAACCGGUUGGCAGUGACGCACCCUGUGUUGUGAAAGUGGAACCCAGUGACAAUGGACCUCUUUUCACUGAAUUAAAGUUCUACCAGCGUGCUGCUAAACCAGAGCAAAUUCAGAAAUGGAUUCAUACACACAAAUUGAAGUACCUUGGUGUUCCUAAGUAUUGGGGAUCUGGUCUACAUAAUAAAAAUGGAAAAAGUUACAGGUUUAUGAUAAUGGACCGCUUUGGGAGUGACCUUCAGAAAAUAUAUGAAGCAAAUGCCAAAAGGUUUUCUCGGAAAACUGUCUUGCAGCUAAGCUUAAGAAUUCUGGAUAUCCUGGAAUACAUCCACGAGCAUGAGUAUGUACACGGGGACAUCAAGGCUUCCAACCUUCUUCUGAGCUACAAGAACCCUGACCAGGUGUACUUGGUAGACUAUGGACUUGCUUAUCGGUACUGCCCGGAUGGUGUCCAUAAAGAGUAUAAAGAAGAUCCCAAAAGAUGCCACGAUGGCACACUAGAGUUCACCAGCAUCGAUGCGCACAAUGGCGUGGCCCCAUCACGACGUGGCGAUCUGGAAAUACUUGGUUAUUGCAUGAUCCAGUGGCUCAGUGGCUGUCUUCCUUGGGAGGAUAACUUGAGAGAUCCUAACUAUGUUAGAGAUUCUAAAAUUAGAUACAGGGACAAUGUUGCAGCUUUGAUGGAGAAGUGCUUUCCUGAGAAAAACAAGCCAGGUGAAAUUGCUAAGUACAUGGAAACUGUGAAAUUACUGGACUACACUGAAAAGCCUCUUUAUCAAAAUUUACGUGACAUUCUUUCACAAGGACUGAAAGCUAUAGGAAGUAAAGAUGAUGGCAAACUGGACUUUAGUGCUGUGGAGAACGGAGGUGUGAAGACCAAACCGGCCUCAAAGAAGCGGAGGAAAGAGGUGGAAGAAAGCACCGUGUGCAGUGUGGAAGACAUGGAGUGCGCAGAUACCCAGGUGGAAGAGGCCAUGCAGACUCGUUCAAGAACCAGAAAGAAAGCCCAGAAGUAAAUGAGAUGCCAGGAUCCAACUUUUCUGCCUAUUCAUUUGACAUUUUUCUCUUUUUUUAUUUUAUGUUUUAUUGUCAUGUGAGUCUUGUGGUGUUGUAGUAAUAAUUAAAUGGCUAUUUUUUGAAAAACAAA